AUAGCAACGAUCCUAAUUUUUAAAAGCAGUCAUUUAAGCAAAAUACAGUUCAUAUUUUCAUUAUAUAAUUUAUUCCUUAAACUAUCUACAUAUAGCCAUGUCUGAACUUGCAUUAGAUGACAAAAGGGCAGAGUUUAUUGCUGAGUAUAUUCUGACGUCACAUAAACUUAAAAAUGAUAAGUGGAUGAAAUUGUGGAAUACCGAUGAUAUUAAACAAAAAAUCACCAAUUUCUUUGAAAAACCUGAUGUCACACAACUUUUCAUUCUUUUGCUGCCGAGUGGCUUUUUGACUGCCGAAAAUGAUUUUCCUGUUGGGUCCAAGUCCAAAGCUAGCUUUUUUAUGAAGAAGUCAAAAGAGGCUAUUCCUAAAGAUGGGGUCAUAACGAAAUAUAUCUUCUACGGUGAUCUUUCAUACAGCCCUUUGGAUCAUUUUUCGGUGUUCGUUGACGAAGUGCUUGUCCCUGUUUUGUCUAACAAGAAAAACUACAGUUCUUGGCCAUCUGUUGUUUAUGAGGAUGUCAUAAAAUAUGCACACGGUCUGAAAAGGCAAACGGAUAUUGUCGUUGGGCAGGCAAAAGGAAAGACAUUUUUACCUCUGCCGAUUGAACAAGAGCGGUUAAAGGAGCAUGUUAAAGAAGGUAAGGUUAAUCGAAGUUUUAUAUAUGCUAUCGAAUCACUUGUCAUUGACUGGUCACAUCAAAUCCACAAAGUAUUGCUAAGGGAUUCAUCUCAACCAUUAUUAAGUGGAUUACAUCCCACUCCAUUGGUGGAACUGGACUUUUGGAAAGCAAAAGUAGCAAAUCUUGAAAACAUCUAUUCUCAGUUAUGUACACCAAAAGUCAAACAAAUGGCGCAAAUUUUAGAGCAGGCUAAUAGUAGCUACUUUGUUCCAUUUAAAGAGAUGUUUAAAUCUAUUGUAACAGCUUUACGUGAAGCACAAGAUAUUGACAUGCAUUUAACUAUGAUGCGUACAAGAUUAGAAGACAUGGAACAAGCUGAAUUCGACCAGUUAUCACAACAUAUUGAACCUAUUUUUGAUUUAAUCUGUUUAGUAUGGGCUAGUUCUAAAGGCUACCGACAACCAGCAAGAAUACUAGUUCUUUUACAGGAAUUAUGUAAUUUAAUGAUUAAUCAAUGUCGAACAAAUUUAGAUCCCUAUGAUAUAUUAAAAGGUGAAGCUGAAGAGAUCCAACCUAAAAUUGAAUAUACUUUGAAGAUAUUACAUAAAUUUAAAAAUAUAUAUCAUCAACAUCGUGAAAACUUACCAAAAUAUUUUGAAAUAGUUUCUCAAAAACUGAAUAUUUCAGAUGAAAUUACUUUAUGGGAAUUUAAAAAUGAAUUGGCUUUUAGUCGAUAUGAUUCAUUUGUUGAACGUGUUAAUUCAGUACAUCAUUUAGUGUCAACAGCUAUUGAAUUUUUAAAAUUAGAAAAGUUAGUAUUCGGUGGAAUUGAAGGCGGUUCCUUAAAUCAACGUGUCACAGAAAUUUAUGAAUCGUUUUGUAAUAAAUACAAGAUGUUCAAUGAUAGAACGUAUGAUGUUCUGGAUCCUCUGAAUGAAGAGUUUUGUAAGGAUUUCGCAGAUUUUAACAAGCAUGUUCAAGAUUUGGAACAUCGACUGUCUAAUGUGAUUGAACAUGCAGUAGACGACUGCCCUGCUUUAGAACAUUUUCUCAAGCUUAUCAGUAUUCUGCAUACAUUAUUGGACAGACCCAUAAUCAAGGAGAGUUUUCAACCUAAAUAUAAAUUACUAGCUCAAAUGUUGAAUGAAGAGAUGGAUACAGUGAAAAAUAUCUAUGACUAUCAUGUAGCUGGUGAAAAGUUUAGACAAGAAAUUCCAUUAUUGAACUCAAUAUCAUCUGCAAAUGACAAGUCACUAACAGGUGAUAAAUCAUCAGAAGAGAAGCAUGAUGUAAAACUUGGUCUUAACAAGAAACAACCAUCAUAUUAUUCAGAAAUUCAUAAAAAUAUGCCUAGGUUGUCAGGAAAUUUAAAAUGGGCAAAUGAUUUGAAGAGUCGCAUUACACAACCCAUGGAAAUGAUAAAUCAAUUAGACUUACCAAUAUUUCAUACCAAAGAAGGUGAAUUAAUUCAAAAGAAAUAUGAUCAAAUACUGAAUCUCCUUCAUGAUUAUGAAAAACGUGCAUUCGAUGAAUGGUCUAAAAGUGUAGAUGAAAUAUGUUCAUUUAAUUUAUCUCAACCACUACUUGUACGUGAUCCACAUACAAAAAUGCUAAGCGUAAAUUUUAAUGCAAAACUUGUAGCUAUCCUUCGUGAGGUUAAAUAUUUAGGCUUAUUUACAGAAGAAAUAAUUCCUGAUUCAGCAACUAAAUUAUAUGAACAAAAUGAGAAACUGCGCAAUUUUCAUAUUAGUUUAGAUAUGAUUGUUCAAGCAUAUAGUUAUUUAUCUAAUCAACUUAUAUCUGUUGAAACAGAAUUAGUUAACAACGAAAUGGGUUUAUUUGAUAAACAAGCAAAAGAAGCUGAAACUUCAUUGAGUUGGAAAACUAGUGAUGCAUGGGAUUAUAUACAAAAAACACGAAAUCAAAUCGAUGAUUUAAAACAUCGCGUCGUGCAAACUCAAGAAAAUGCACAACAAAUUCGUUUAAUUAUGACCACGUGGUCUAAAACACCAUUGUUUGAACGCAAAGAUGGUAAAAAAGAUACAUUAUUAGGAUUGGAUGAUCGAGAGGAUAGAUGUUCUAAACGUUAUGCAGAAAUUACAGAUGCCGGAAAACAAAUACUUAGUCUCCUGGAAACAAAUCGUGGAUUAUUUAAAGCUAAUGAAAAUGAUCCUGCCUGGACAAAAUACAUUGAAUAUAUUGACAGUAUUGUAGAAAAUGGUCUUGUUCAAACAAUUGAAUGUAGUUUAAAUUAUUUACUUACCGAAACUGAAGAUGCACCAAUAACAGCUGCUUUGUUAGAAGCUCAAAUGGAACUACAAGCUCCAGAUAUAUCAUUUCAACCAUCUAUGGAUGUUGAAUCGAAGAAUGGGCUGUAUUCACUUGUUGAUCAUAUUAUUGAAGAUAUUUAUAAACAAGCCACAUUUAUUCCCUAUAUAACCAAUUUGAGUAUGAAAGAAAGCUAUAUGACCAAAAUGAAUCAAAAUGAAAAUUUAUUGAAAAAACGUAAACAACUAUUAGACCGUGUAGAAAUUGUUAUGAAAAAGGCAUUAAAUUAUCGUGCCACAUUUGAUGCAUAUUCUUAUUUAUGGAUUGAUGAUCGUAAUGAAUUUAUGCAACAGUUUUUACUUUAUGGACAAGCUGUCAGUCAAGAAGAUCUUGAUUUGAUCAAUACUGGCGGUAUACAAAGGACUAGUGAAUUAGAUGAUAAUUCCAGUAAUUUACCAGUAUUAAAACCACCAACGUUGGAACAGUUUAAAGAGCAAAUCGAUUAUUAUGAAAAAAUCUAUGAAGAGGUUGGUAAAGUAGAUGGAUCUACUAAAUUUGAUUCUUGGUUCCGUGUAGAUGCUCGUAAAUUUAAACAAGCGCUCAUAAAUGUCAUUAAACGAUGGAGUCUAAUGUUUAAACAACAUUUAAUUGAUCAUGUUACAACCAGUUUAGAAGAUUUAAAUAAUUUCAUCCAGGUUUCCACUAAGGGUUUAAGUGUAGAUCUUCAAGACGGAAAUUAUGAUGCUUUAAUUUCUGUCAUGAAACAUUUAGGACAAGUAAAAGAUCGUCAAAUAGCCACAGAUGAAAUGUUCGAGCCAUUGAAACAAACAAUAGAACUAUUGAAAACAUAUAAUCAAGAAAUGCCUGAUGACGUACAUCAGUUAUUAGAAUCAUUACCUGAAAAAUGGAACAACGUCAAAAAACAAGCUAUAUUAAUGAAACAAACAGUUGCACCAUUACAAAAUAAUGAAGUUGCCAAUAUACGUCGUAAAUGUGCACAUUUCGAUGUGAAACAACAUAUGUAUCGUGAAGAAUUCCGUAAAAUGUCACCAUUUAAUUAUAGUUGUCAGAAUCCUUACGAAAUUAUAGACAAGAAUCAUCAAAGUUUAUUAUUAUUGGAAAACGAAAUGUCAAAUCUUCUUACAUCAGCUAGUUUAUUUGAAGUGAAUGUCCCCGAAUUUAAACAAAUUAAACAAUGUCGUAAAGAAUUAAAACUAUUGAAAAUAUUAUGGGACUAUAUUCAUUUAAUCCAAACAAGUAUACAUAAUUGGACAUUGAGUCCAUGGCGUACAAUAAAUGUUGAACAAUUAGAUUUAGACUGUAAAAAAUUUGCCAAAGAUUUACGUGGUUUAGAUAAAGAAAUGCGUGCAUGGGAUGCAUAUAUUGGUAUAGAAGAAAAAGUUAAAAAUAUGUUAACAUCAUUAAGAGCAGUAAGUGAAUUACAAAAUCCAGCAAUACGUGAUCGACAUUGGAUACAAUUAAUGAAAGCUACUGGUGUGAGAUUCCAAAUGACUGAAAGUACUACAUUAAUGGACUUAUUAUCAUUAAAUUUACAUGAAUAUGAAGAUGAAGUACGUAAUUUAGUUGAUAAAUCUGUAAAAGAAAUGAGUAUGGAGAAAGUAUUAAAAGAAAUCAAUGCAACGUGGUCACAAAUGACAUUUGAGCAAGAAACACAUUCACGUACAAAUUUGAUUUUAUUGAAAGCAACUGAAGAAUUAAUUGAAACACUUGAAGAAAAUCAAGUACAAUUACAAAAUAUGAUGACAUCCAAAUAUAUUGCGUAUUUUCUUGAUGACGUAUCAUUAUGGCAAAAAAGAUUAUCUACUGCUGACCAAGUGAUUACUAUUUGGUUUGAAGUACAACGUACAUGGUCACAUUUAGAAUCGAUAUUUAUUGGUUCUGAAGAUAUACGUAAACAACUACCACAAGAUUCUUUAAGAUUUGAUGGAAUUGAUCGUGAUUUUCGUCAAUUAAUUCAUGAAAUCGGUAAUGAUCGCAAUGUGAUUAAAGCAACAAGUCGACCACGUUUGUAUGAACGUUUAGAGUUAAUACAAAAAGAUUUAACUUUGUGUGAAAAAGCAUUAGCCGAGUAUUUAGAAACUAAACGUUUAGCAUUCCCACGAUUUUAUUUUGUAUCACCAACUGAUUUAUUAGAUAUCUUAUCAAAUGGUAAUAUACCAGAACAAGUUACUAAACAUUUAACUAAACUAUUUGAUUCAAUGGCUUCAUUGAAAUUUCGUCCUGAUGGUAAUAAAGGAAACUCAAAAAUUGCAUAUCAUAUGGGAGCUAAAGAUGGCGAACAAGUUAAAUUAUCAAAAGAUGUAAAUUUAGAUGGACAAGUUGAAGUAUGGUUAAAUAAAUUAUUAGAUGAAAUGCGUGCUACAAUACGUUAUUAUUUAUCAGAAGCUGUAUCAACAUAUGAAGAAAAAUCCCGUGAUCAGUGGUUAUUUGACUACCCAGCUCAAGUAUCAUUAGCUGGUUCACAAAUUGGUUGGACAACAGAAGUUAAUAUAAAUUUUGCUAGACUAGAAGAAGGCUAUGAAAAUGCACUGAAAGAUUAUAAUAAAAAACAAAUACAACAAUUAAAUGCAUUGAUCACAUUAUUAAUUGGUGAACUGAAUUCACAAGAUCGUCAAAAAGUCAUGACUAUCUGUACCAUUGAUGUACAUAAUCGUGAUGUAGUUAGCAAAUUAAUUAGUCAAAAAAUUGAUAAUGCAUUAUCAUUUACAUGGAUUAGCCAAUUAAGACAUCGUUGGGAUGAAAAACAACAAGAUUGUUUCAUUAAUAUUUGUGAUGCACAAUUUCGUUAUGCUCAUGAAUAUUUAGGUAAUACACCAAGAUUAGUAAUAACACCAUUAACAGAUCGUUGUUAUAUUACAUUAACACAAUCAUUACAUUUAACAAUGAGUGGUGCACCAGCUGGUCCAGCUGGCACAGGUAAAACAGAAACAACAAAAGAUUUAGGUCGUGCAUUAGGUAUUAUGGUGUAUGUAUUUAAUUGUUCAGAACAAAUGGACUAUAAGUCCAUUGGUAACAUUUAUAAAGGUUUAGCUCAAUCUGGUGCAUGGGGUUGUUUUGAUGAAUUCAAUCGUAUUUCAGUUGAAGUUUUAUCUGUUGUCGCCGUACAAGUGAAAUGUAUACAAGAUGCAAUAAGAGAUAAAAAGAAACGAUUUAACUUUCUUGGUGAAGAGAUUAGUUUAGAUCCAACAGUUGGUUUGUUUAUCACGAUGAAUCCUGGUUACGCUGGACGUGCUGAAUUACCGGAGAAUUUAAAAGCUUUGUUUCGUCCAUGUGCUAUGGUUGUGCCAGAUUUUGAAUUAAUUUGUGAAAUUAUGUUAGUUGCUGAAGGUUUUACCGAUGCUAGAUUGUUGGCUAGAAAAUUUUUAACCUUAUAUAAAUUAUGCAAAGAAUUAUUGUCGAAACAAGACCAUUAUGAUUGGGGUUUAAGAGCUAUUAAAUCUGUAUUAGUCGUGGCUGGUGCAUUGAAACGUAGUGAUCCCGGUCGACCAGAAGAUCAAGUACUUAUGCGUGCAUUACGUGAUUUUAAUAUACCUAAAAUCGUCACUGAUGAUUUACCUGUAUUUAUGGGUUUAAUUGGUGAUUUAUUCCCAGCGUUAGAUGUACCUAGAAAACGUGAUUUAGAACUUGAAAAACAAGUUAAACAAGCUGCAAUUGAUUUGAAAUUACAAGCUGAAGAUAGUUUUAUAUUGAAAGCUAUACAACUGCAAGAGUUAUUCGCUGUAAGACAUUCAGUAUUUGUAUUAGGGAAUGCUGGUACAGGUAAAUCUAUGGUAUGGAAAACAUUAUAUCGUACAAAUUUGAACAUGAAAAAGAAACCAGUAGCUGUUGAUUUAGAUCCAAAGGCUGUUACAAAUGAUGAACUGUUCGGUAUUAUCAAUCCAGCUACACGUGAAUGGAAAGAUGGUUUAUUCUCUGUGAUUAUGAGAGAUUUAGCUAAUUUAACACAUGAUGGACCUAAAUGGAUUGUACUCGAUGGUGAUAUCGACCCAAUGUGGAUUGAAUCAUUAAAUACAGUGAUGGAUGAUAAUAAAGUUUUAACAUUGUCGAGUAAUGAGCGUAUUCCAUUAACGCCUACAAUGCGUUUGUUAUUUGAAAUAAGUCAUUUGAAAACAGCUACUCCGGCUACUGUUUCACGAGCUGGAAUUUUAUACAUCAAUCCACAAGAUCUUGGUACAACUCCAUUUAUAUCCAGUUGGUUAGCUGCGCGUGAACUACAAUCGGAACAGGCUAAUUUACAAAUUCUUUUUGAUAAAUAUGUCCCACCGUGUUUAGAAGUGUUACGUUCACGUUUUAAAAAAAUCACACCAAUUACUGAAAUUGCUCAUGUACAAAUGCUAUGCUACUUACUUGAUUGUCAUUUAACACCAGAAACUACACCACCAGAUUGUCCGAAGGAAUUAUAUGAAUUAUACUUUGUAUUUUGUGCUGUUUGGGCAUUCGGUGGAUCACUAUUUCAAGAUCAGUUAGUUGAUCAUCGUGUGGAAUUUAGUAAAUGGUGGGUAACUGAAUUUAAAAGUGUCAAAUUUCCAACAAAUGGUAUUGUAUUUGAUUAUUUCAUCGAUCCUGUGAGUAAGAAAUUUGAACUAUGGUCGAAGAAAUUACCAGUGUUUGAAUUAGACCCGGAACUUCCACUACAAGCCAUGUUGGUACCUACAACGGAAACAACUCGUUUACGUUACUUUUUAGAUUUACUACUACAACGUAAACGCCCUGUUAUGUUAGUUGGUAAUGCAGGCACUGGUAAAACAGUACUUGUACAAGAUACAUUCUCCAGUUUUAACGAAGAUAUUAUGAUUACGAAUGUACCAUUUAAUUUUUAUACAACAAGUGAAAUGCUUCAACGUGUUUUAGAGAAACCAUUAGAGAAAAAAGCUGGUCGGAAUUAUGGUCCACCUGGUAACAAACGUUUAAUCUAUUUUAUUGAUGAUUUAAAUAUGCCGGAAGUUGAUACUUAUUUUACAGUACAACCACAUUGUUUAAUAAGACAACAUAUUGAUCAUUCACAUUGGUAUGAUAGAACAAAGUUGACAUUAAAGGAAAUCAAUAAUACUCAAUAUGUGGCGUGCAUGAACCCAACAUCCGGUAGUUUUACUAUUGAUCCAAGAUUACAAAGGCAUUUUUGUGUAUUUGGAUUAAGUUUUCCUGGUCAAGAAGCAUUGAAAAUAAUCUAUUCAUCUAUACUAACACAACAUUUGGGAUUAAUUAAUUGUUCCACAGCUUUACAAAAGUUCGCCGUAAAUGUUGUUGACUGUGCAUUAUUAUUACAUGCUAAAGUGGCUAGUGUAUUUUUACCAACUGCAAUCAAAUUUCAUUAUAUAUUUAAUUUGCGUGAUUUAUCCAAUAUAUUUCAAGGUUUAUUAUUUUCAACUAAUGAAUGUAUUCGUCAGCCGACUGAUCUAAUACGUUUGUGGAUGCAUGAAUGUGAACGAGUUUACUCGGAUAAACUAAUUGAACGUGAAGAUGUUGAGUCAUUUCAGAAAAUUUUAAUAGAUAUCACUAAAAAAUGUUUUGAAGAUAUCGAUGAAAGUAUAUUAUUUAGUAAGCCAAAUAUGUAUUGUCAUUUCACACAAGGUAUUGGUGAACCAAAAUAUUUACCAGUAACGAAUAUGAAUGAUUUAAAUAAAUUAUUAAAUGAAGCAUUGGACAAUUAUAAUGAAUUAAAUGCUGUAAUGAAUUUGGUUUUAUUUGAAGAUGCUAUUUCCCAUAUAUUACGUAUUAGUCGUAUAUUAGAAUCACCACGUGGUAAUGCAUUAUUAAUUGGUGUCGGCGGUUCCGGUAAACAAUCUUUAUCAAGACUAGCUGCAUUUAUUAGUUCAUUAGAAGUGUUUCAAAUUACAUUACGUAAAGGUUAUGCAAUUACUGAUUUGAAAGCUGAUCUAGCUAAUCUUUAUUUAAAAGCUGGAUUAAAAAAUACUGGUACUGUUUUCUUAUUAACCGACAGUCAAAUUACUGAAGAGAAAUUUUUGGUACUUAUCAACGAUUUAUUAGCAUCCGGUGAUAUACCAGAAUUAUUGCCUGAUGAUGAAGUCGAAAAUGUAAUUAAUGGGAUGCGUGGAGAAGUUAAAUCGCAAGGUAUACAAGAUACACGUGAAAAUUGUUGGAGUUAUUUCAUUGAUAAAGUACGUCGUUUGUUAAAAGUGGUGUUGUGCUUUUCACCAGUUGGUGCAACAUUACGUGUCAGAGCGAGAAAAUUUCCAGCUAUUGUUAAUUGUACUUCAAUUGACUGGUUUCAUGAAUGGCCUAAAGAAGCCUUAUUAUCAGUAUCAAAACGAUUUUUAAGUAGUAUAGAAUUACUACCGGAAAAUAUUCGACCAUCUGUUGCAGAAUUCAUGUCAUUUACACAUCAAUCAGUUAAUGAUAUAAGUAUUACUUAUUUACAGAAUGAACGUCGUUACAAUUAUACAACACCAAAAUCAUUCUUAGAACAAAUACAACUAUAUGAAAAUAUGUUAAAUCAAAAAUAUACUGAUUUAGUUAAUAAAAUGACACGCUUAGAAAAUGGUUUACAAAAAUUAGAAAGUACUUCGCAGCAAGUGGAUGAUUUAAAAGCAAAAUUAGCAGCGCAGGAAGUGGAAUUAGCACAGAAAAAUGAAGAUGCUAAUAAAUUAUUAACAAUUGUUGGCGCGGAAACUGAAAAAGUUAAAGGUGAAAAAUUAUUUGCAAAUCAAGAAGAAGAAAAAGUUGCUAAAAUUAAAAUUGAAGUAUCAAAAAAACAAAAAGAUUGUGAAGUUGAUUUAGCUAAAGCUGAACCAGCAUUAUUAGCAGCACAAGAAGCAUUGAACACAUUGAAUAAAAAUAAUUUAACUGAAAUGAAAUCAUUUGGUUCACCGCCAGCGGCUGUAAUUAAUGUGACAGCGGCUGUUAUGGUUUUAUUAGCACCAGAUGGUAAAAUACCAAAAGAUCGUAGUUGGAAAGCUUCAAAAGCCGGUAUAAUGAGUAAAGUUGAUUUAUUUUUAGAUAAUUUAAUUAAUUAUGACAAAGAAAAUAUUCAUGAGAAUUGUUUAAAAGCUGUACAAGAAUAUUUAAAAGAUCCUGAAUUCGAUCCAGAAUUUAUUCGUAAUAAAUCAACAGCAGCGGCUGGUCUAUGUUCAUGGGUUAUUAAUAUUGUACAAUUUUAUAAUAUUUAUUGUGAUGUAAAACCAAAACGUGAUGCAUUAAAUGCAGCGAAUGAAGAAUUACGUCAAGCAACUGAAAAAUUAGAAACUAUUCAGAAAAAGAUUAAAGAUUUAGAAGAAAAAUUAAAAAAAUUAACAGAUGAAUUCGAAACAGCUACCAUGGAAAAACAAAAAUGUCAAGAUGAAGCAGAAUUAACAUAUAAAACAAUUGAAUUAGCUAACCGUUUAGUUGGUGGUUUAGCAUCAGAGAAAAUACGUUGGGCACAACAAGUGAAACAAUAUAAGGAACAGGCCAUUACAUUACCUGGUGAUAUUUUAUUAACUGCGGCAUUUUUAUCUUAUGUUGGCUGUUUUACAAAACGUUAUCGUACUGAACUACUUGAUCAACAUUGGAUACCGUUUUUAAAAUCAAUUAAUCCAUCAAUACCGAUUACAGAUGGUUUAGAUCCAUUAGAUAUGUUAAUUGAUGAUGCAGUUAUAGCUGCAUGGAAUAAUGAAGGUCUACCGUCUGAUAGAAUGUCUAUUGAAAAUGCUACUAUUUUAACUAAUGCUGAACGUUGGCCAUUGAUGAUUGAUCCACAAUUACAAGGUGUAAAAUGGAUUAAAACACGUUAUGCGACGGAUUUAAAGGUAAUACGCUUAGGUUCAAAAGGUUAUUUAGACCAAAUUGAACGUGCCAUAUCGUCUGGUGAUACAGUUUUAUUAGAAAAUAUUGAAGAGUCUGUCGAUCCUGUGUUAGAUUCGUUAUUGGGUAGAAAAACAAUUAAAAAAGGUAGAGCAAUCCGUCUUGGUGAUAAAGAAAUUGAAUACAGUCCAGAAUUUCGUUUAAUUUUACAAACAAAAUUAGCUAAUCCGCAUUAUAAACCAGAAAUGCAAGCACAAACUACACUAAUUAACUUUACUGUAACACGUGACGGUUUAGAAGAUCAAUUAUUAGCUAGUGUUGUCAGUAAAGAACGUCCAGAUUUGGAACACUUAAAAGCUGAUUUAACACGACAACAAAAUCAAUUUAAAAUUACAUUAAAACAAUUAGAAGAUAGUUUAUUAGCCAGAUUAUCAGCGGCGGAAGGCAAUUUUCUUGGAGACUAUGCACUAGUUGAAAACUUAGAAACAAAUAAACGCACAGCUAUAGAAAUUGUGGAAAAAGUUGCACAAGCUAAAAUUACUGAAGUUCAAAUUAAUGAAGCACGUGAAUUAUACCGUCCAGCAGCGUGUCGUGCAUCAUUAUUAUAUUUUAUAUUGAAUGAUUUAAAUAAAAUUAAUCCAAUGUAUCAAUUUUCAUUGAAAGCGUUUCGUAGUGUAUUUGAAGUGGCUAUGGAUAGAUCGGAAGCAUCUGAAGAUAUACAAACACGGGUUAAAAAUUUACUUGAUUCAAUUACUUAUUCUGUUUAUAUGUAUACAUCAAGAGGCCUAUUUGAAAAAGAUAAAUUAAUAUUUACUGCACAAAUGACAUUUCAAAUAUUAUCAGUAUCCAAUGAAAUCGAUCCAGUAGAAUUAGACUUUUUACUAAGAUUCCCAAUUAUACCGAAUUUAACAUCCCCAGUUGACUUUAUUACAAAUAAUGGUUGGGGUGGGAUUAAAGCAUUAUCAAAUAUGGAAGCAUUUCGUAAUUUGGAUAAAGAUAUUGAAGGUUCAGCUAAACGCUGGAAAAAAUUAGUUGAAGGUGAAGCACCAGAAAAAGAGAAACUACCACAAGAAUGGAAAAGUAAAACACCAUUACAAAUAUUGUGUAUAUUCCGUGCUUUACGACCAGAUCGUAUGACUUAUGCUAUAACUGAUUUUGUUGGACAAAAACUAGGUCAAAAGUAUACCGAAGGUGGUGGUCUAUCAUUUGUCAAAUCAUUUGAAGAAUCUGGCCCAUCUAUACCAAUUUUCUUUAUAUUGUCUCCUGGUGUCGAUCCAUUGAAAGAGGUUGAAGCACUUGGUCGUAAACUUGGUUUUACUGGAGAUAAUCAAAAUUUUCACAAUGUUUCUCUAGGUCAAGGCCAAGAGGUUGUAGCAUCAAAAGCUAUGGAGUUGGCUUCAAAAGAAGGCCACUGGGUCGUAUUACAAAAUGUUCACUUAGUUGCUAAAUGGUUGCCAACGUUAGAGAAAUUAAUGGAAGAAGCUGCUGAAAAGGGACAUGCAAAUUAUAGAUUAUUUGUCAGUGCUGAACCAGCCGCUGAUCCAGAAUAUCAUAUCAUACCACAAGGUAUAUUAGAGAAUGCUAUCAAAAUCACAAAUGAACCACCAACUGGUAUGCAUGCUAAUUUACACAAAGCGUUAAAUAAUUUCAAUCAAGAUACACUUGAAAUGUGUAGUCGUGAGAAUGAAUUUAAAACAAUUCUAUUUGGUCUAUGUUAUUUUCAUGCUGUUGUUUGUGAAAGACGUAAAUUUGGUCCACAAGGUUGGAAUCGUAUAUAUCCAUUUAAUACAGGUGAUUUAACUAUCAGUGUCAGUGUAUUAUAUAAUUAUUUAGAAGCAAAUAGCAAAGUACCAUGGGAAGAUUUAAGAUAUUUGUUCGGUGAUAUCAUGUAUGGUGGGCAUAUUACAGAUGAUUGGGAUCGUCGUUUAUGUAAAACAUAUUUAGAAGAAUAUUUAGUGCCGGAAAUGUUAGAUGGUGAUCAUUGUUUAGCACCAAACUUUAAAACACCACAAAAUACAGAUUAUAAAGGUUAUCACCAGUAUAUUGAUGAACUUUUACCACCAGAAUCACCGUACCUGUACGGUUUACAUCCAAAUGCUGAGAUGGAAUUCCUAACAAAUACAUCAGAAAAACUGUUUCGUACUAUUUUUGAAAUGCAACCACGUGAUGCUGGCGCUGGUAGUGGUACAGGAAUAAGUAGAGAGGAGAAACUACAAAAUGUUCUCGAUGAAAUUAUUGAAAAAUUACCGGAAGAUUUUAAUAUGUUAGAAUUGCAAAGUAAAGUUCCACCGGAAGAACGUACACCAUAUGUUGUAGUUGCUUUUCAAGAAUGUGAACGUUUUAAUAUUUUAAUAAAAGAAAUGCGUAGAUCAUUAAAGGAACUAAUACUUGGUUUAAAAGGUGAAUUGACUACAACACCAGAAAUGGAAGAGUUAGCUAAUUCACUUGUUAUAGAUAAUGUACCGGCUCAAUGGGAGAAACGAGCUUAUCCAAGUAUGUAUCCCCUUGGCAUCUGGUAUGCUGAUAUGCUGUCUAGAGUCAAAGAAUUAGAAGUUUGGACAAAUGAUUUUUCUUUACCUAAUACUGUUUGGCUAGGUGGAUUAUUUAAUCCGCAAUCGUUUUUAACAGCUAUUAUGCAACAGACAGCAAGAAAAAAUGAAUGGCCAUUAGAUCGUAUGGUGCUUCAAUGUGAUGUAACUAAAAAGACAAAAGAUGAAAUGAGUGCACCACCAAGAGAAGGUGCCUAUAUAUAUGGUCUGUUUAUGGAAGGUGCUAGAUGGGAUAUACAAACUAAUAUGAUAGCUGAAGCUCGACUGAAAGAAUUAGCACCAAGUCUACCAGUGAUCUUUUUAAAAGCUAUACCUGUUGACAGACAAGAUUUACGAAAUACAUAUGCUUGUCCAGUAUAUAAAACAAAACAACGUGGGCCUACUUAUGUAUGGACAUUUAAUCUGAAAACUAAAGAAAAACCAUCACGUUGGAUUUUAGGUGGUGUCGCCUUACUAUUACAAGUUUAAUCAAUUUAAAAAUAACCAAUCGACCAAUAAACAAUUUGGUUACCUUCUCCAUUUACGAUUUUUAUUAAACAAAUAUUCCCUAGGAAUUUGGAAUCAUGUUACUUUGUCAAUAUUUCAAACAAUUCCUUUUAAUUCAAAAUUUAAUCAGAUGAUAUUCAUUCUAUUUUUCACGGUUUAUUCUGUCAAUUACUCUUGAAGUUAUUUUUCAAGAAAAUCACUGAAAGGAAAAC